UUGCUACACUCUGAUGCUCUCUUCUUGUCUCUCGUCUCCUCUCUCUCUCUCUCUUUCUCCAAGGAUGCCUCUUCGGGUCUACUAUUCUGUGUAAAUUUCUUGAAACUAUCUCAUCUUAUCUUUUAAUUUCUGUUCUCAUCGUAAGCUUCAUCUUCAUCUCUUUCUCAAAAAAAAAAAAAAAAGUUUCAUCUUCAUCUUUUUUUUUUCUUCAUGAAAUUAAUAACAUUGAUUUAUGGAUUAUAUUUUAUUUAAAUGAAAAUUAUGUUUAUUUUUAGACGGGUAUGGGGGCAAAAUGAUAAGGUAAUUUAAAAUUUUCCAAAUUAUUUAGGAUAUUUUCAAAAAAAAAAAAAAAUGUGGGGGUAAAGGCCCCCCUCGGUCGUCAGGUGGCUCCGCCACUGCUACUCGUCCCAACACCAGGCAAGAUCUUAUCUGAUUGGGCUACCGACGAACGAGAUUGGCUUGAAAUUCCGGUCACCGUUUUGAGUGAAAAAAAAAAGAUCCGACCAGUAAACCCGGACGGUCGAACAUGGACUAACAUGGUGCUCACAAGAUCUAUAGGCAGAGGCCCUUCCUUUGUGACAGGAGCACCUUCAUCAUCAUCCUCAACACUUAGAUUGAAACAUGAUGUUUUUUUAAGUUUUUAUGGCAAGGAAACCCGUUAUACUUUUGCGGAUCAUCUAUUUGCUGCGUUGAAAGGCAAUUCCAUUAAGGUCUUUAGGGAUAAAGAAGGAAUCAAGCGAGGAACAUUCAUCGAUUCAGAGCUCAGGAAAGCAAUAAAAAAAUCCAAGAUCGCAAUUGUCGUUCUCUCAGAAAGUUAUGCUUUCUCAAGAUGGUGCUUGAAUGAACUUGCCCAGAUUAUUGCAUGCAUAAAAGAGACGGGUAUAAAAGUUCUACCCGUCUUUUAUCAUGUGGAUCCCUCUAAUGUAAAGAAGCAGAAUGGAACUUUUGCUUUAGCCUUUGCUAAACAUAAAAAGGACUCCAGAGUUACGAGUGAGAAGAUACAAACGUGGAAAAAUGCUUUAAAAUGCGUGGGCGGUAUUGCUGGGUUCGUUUUACAAGACAACAUAUAUGAAUCAACAGUUAUCCAGUGUAUCUGUGGAGUAGUACGUCAUGCAUUAUGUGCACCAUUUGUAGGAGGGGCCUCUCUGGAAGCAACGCUUGAGGAAGUAUUGCAGGUGUUGCAUGACAGAGUUAAUAAUGUGGGAGGCAAAGUCCUCAUGGUUGAAUCCUUUAUUAAAAAACUUGAUUGCCCAGAACAGGGAACACUGAGCUCAAAGAGGGGUUGGUUGUCGUGCCCAGUUCCUAGACCCCCAGAUUUUACUGUUGGGCUGGAUGUGCCUUUGAAAGUGUUGAAAACUCAGCUGUUGAAGGAGGAGAAGCAGCAAAUUCUACUGACUGCUCCUGGCGGAUGCGGGAAGACUGCAUUGAUGAAAAGGCUUGGUCAUGACCAAGAAAUUAAAGGCAAAUUUAAGGGCAAUAUUUUUUUUGUCCCCGUUUCUAAAAGUCUGAACCUGAUGGUCAUUGUGCAAAGACUAUUUCAUCAUAUAUGGGAUCGGAAGCCUGAGCUAUUUCAUCAUAAAUGUGAUUGGGAGCCUGAGUUCCAAAGUGAUGAAGAUGCAAUUAACCAGCUGGAGGUACUGUUGACACAUAUUGGAUCCAGUCCUAUAUUAUUGAUCUUGGAUGAUGUCUGGCCUGGAUCAGAAUUCCGUCUUGAGAAGUUUAAGUUUGACAUCCCAAAGUUCAAUAUUCUGGUGACCUCAAGAAGUACAUUGCCAGAAUUUAGCUUUACAUAUAACUUAAAACCGUUAAAUGAUGAAGAUGCAAUGACUCUGCUUCGUCACUCAGCAUCUCUGCAAGAUGGGAGUUCUCACAUUCCUGAUGAUGUUAUCAAAAAGAUAGUGAGAGGCUGUGGGGGGUUCCCACUAGCCCUCGAAGUGAAUGGCAAAUCACUCUAUAAGAAGAUAGUGAGAGGUUGUGGCGGGUUCCCACUGGCACUCAAAGUUAUUGGUGGAUUACUGAGAAAGAACCCUGUUGAGGCCUGGUGCAGUAUAGCUGAGAAUUGGUCUAACAGUCAUUAUAUUUUCAAUUCUAAUUCUGAUUUGCUUGAUUGUCUUCGAAAAAGCCUAGAAUUUUCAGAUCAUGAGGUCAUCUUCAAAGAAUGUUUCAUGGACCUAGGUUCAUUUCCUGAAGACCAAAGGAUCCCUGUUGCUGCCCUUAUUGAUAUGUGGGCAGAAUUACAUAAACUAGAUGAAGUUGGCAACAAUGCCAUUCACAAUUUACAUAACAUCGCCACCCGGAAUCUGGCUAAUCUUGUGAGGAAAAGGAAAGAUGCAAGUGGGAUCAACAAAUAUUAUAAUGAGGACUAUGUUACACAACAUGAUCUUCUUAGAGAGCUAGCUAUAUUUGAAAGCUGCCAGGGGCCAGAAAGACAAAGGCAAAGAUUGAUUAUGGACAUAAGUGGAAACACUCUACCAAGUUGGUGCACAGAACAGGAUCAGCAACCCAUCAAUGCCCGCUUGUUAUCAAUCUCAACUGAUGAAUCGUUCUUGUCAACGUGGUUCAACAUUCAAGCACCCAAAGUUGAGGUUCUAGUUCUGAACUUCCAGACAAAGAAUUACAGCUUACCUGAGUUUGUGGAUAAAAUGGAUAAUCUCAAGGUUUUGAUAAUCACUAAUUAUGGUUUCUUUCCUACUGAAUUAAGAAAUUUUCAACUACUCAAGUCUCUACCCAAUUUAAAGACAAUCAGAUUGGAGAAGGUUUCUAUCCCUUCCCUUUGCAAGGCCCCUGUAUUGUUGAAGAGUUUGAAGAAAAUAUCCUUAUUUAUGUGUAAAAUUGGUCAAGCUUUUCAGAAUUUUACCAUCCAAGUUUCAGAUGCAUUGCCAAAUCUAAUGGAGAUAAACAUCGACUAUUGCAAUGAUCUGGUUGAAUUGCCUGCAGUGUUGUGUGAUGUUAUCUGCCUUAAAAAACUCAGCAUCACCAAUUGUCAUCAACUGUCUGCACUUCCUAAUGGAAUUGGAAAGCUAGUGAAUUUAGAAGUGCUCAGGCUUGGAUCCUGUACCGAUUUAUCAGAGUUGCCAGAGUCAAUAAGAAGCUUCCAUAAGUUGUGCAUUCUUGACAUAUCCGAUUGCCUAGGCAUUAGACACUUUCCUAAAGACAUUGGUGAGUUAUGUAAUUUAAAAGAGCUCCACAUGAAAGGGUGCUUGAGCUUGCGUAAAGGGUUGCCACCAUCAACUUCAAAUCUUGAGCAAUUGAAGCUUGUGAUAUGUGAUGAAGAGAGGGCCAAGUUCUGGGAGCCUAUCAAGGAAGUUCUCACCAAUCUAAAGGUCAAGGUGGCUGAAAAAGAUAUCAACUUGACUUGGCUUCUCAAACCAUGAUUUCUGAGAAUUGUUUCUUUUUGGAAAAUUUUGUUGGCUUUGUCAACUUAUUAUCAUUAUCUUCUACUCUUUGUUUCUUUUUUCUUACAUUUUGGUCAAAUUGAACACAUAAAAAAAUAUGUAUCAGUAGAAAAUAUGAUUGUUGUAAAUCCUAGAAAUAUGUAGAUUUUUGUGUUUCCUUAAUUUUAUGAUUUUAUCUUUUGGGAAGAA